CUAUUGUUUCAGGAAGGCAUCACAACAUUCAACCAAUUAAAUACGAGGCUCUAAGCUAUAAUGUUGCGCGUGUAAACACGGGCCCCAAGUGCGGGAAUCUCCGUAUGGACAAUACUCCAUGGAAACCAAACGCAACCUCGACGCCCGCCUCUGGUCACCCGCCAUUGGCCCGAUCCAAAACUUGCUGAGUCCGCCCCGCAGGCUGCAAUUGGACAGAACUCCCUGCCGUCAGGAGAAAAACGCGGAAAAGGAUAUAUAUAUUUAUUUAAAAAAAGUUAUGGAGCGAAGCGUAAUCGGAUCACGUCGGUGGCAUACUGCUGCGUAGUUUUCCAGCAUCAAAACGCCUCCCACGGUGAGCGCGGAAAGGCAGCGUGAGAGUGCAGAGCGGGAAGAGGGGAGCCUGGGUGAAUACGAGCGGGUUCUGCUGGCGGAUCGGGCCAGGUGUGUUUGCCCGUUUCCAGGGGUUUCCUCGCUGAUGUCACCGUGGAGGAAGAGGAGGAGGGAGGGAAGAAGGAAGAACAGGUGCGCUGGGUAGUUACCUCUUUUGAGUUGAAGAGACCGACCUUUACGAGAAACUAGUUUUAUAAGUUUUCUUGAAAUUCCUCUCCAAACUCCUUCUGGCAGGAUCCACUAAUCUCUUGGAACCAGAACUGGAUUUUAGCAUAGAUUUUUGGGGCGCAGGAUUUACGCACAAUCUGGGCUCACGGUGGGCUCGUCAGCAGUGGGAGUGCGCUGGUUUUUGUUUUCCAGGUGCUGUAAAUUGGGGUGGAGGUGGAGGGGGGAUCGAGCCGCCCCAGCAUCAGAAGCAGCGCUCUCCGCUCCACUGCGGCACUGACGCAGCUGGUGUCACGCUCCAGACGAUGCUCCUGUAAUUCAGAGGAAGGAUCGCGCACACAGGGAGCUCGGAGGGGUUACACAGAGAAGGGUUUUUGUUUAUUUCCCCCUCUGGAAUGGAAUACUACUCGAAACGCAGGCUCAACUUCUCUGGUCCGGAAUGAUCGAGCCGUGCGUCAGAGCGCUCUGAGGGUCCAAAUAGGAUUUUGCUUCUAAGAAGACGCUCGUUCCCCGGGUCUUCCAACUCCUAAGCGACCCCCCAAAAAGCCCAGCGGCGAUGUCCAAGACACUGAAGAAGAAAAAGCACUGGUUGGUCAAAGUGCAGGAGUGCUCCGUGUCCUGGGGGGGCGUGGAGCUGACCGCUGUCCUGGAGGUGCGAGGCGGCGCCGAGCUCGGAGAGUUCCCCCACAUCGGACGCGUGAUUCCGGAGGCGGUGGUGUGCCACAGCGGGCGGCUGCCUGGCAGCGGGGACGUGCUGCUGGAGGUCAACGGCACUCCGGUGAGCGGACUCACCAACAGAGACACGCUGGCUGUCAUUAGACACUUCCGGGAGCCCAUUCGCCUGAAGACCGUGAGACCAGGUAAAGUGUUGAACACGGAUUUACGUCACUACCUCAGUCUGCAGUUUCAGAAGGGCUCCCUGGACCAUAAGCUCCAGCAGGUGAUCAGGGACAACCUCUACUUGCGCACAAUUCCCUGUACCACUCGGCAGCCCAGGGAGGGAGAAGUACCUGGAGUGGACUACAAUUUCAUCAGCGUGGGGGAGUUUCAGGAGCUGGAAGAAAGUGGGAUCUUGCUAGAAAGCGGCACAUAUGAUGGUAACUACUAUGGGACCCCCAAACCCCCCGCAGAGCCCAGCCCUGUGCAGCCAGACUUGGUGGAUCAGGUUCUGUUUGACGAAGAAUUUGACACGGAGGUCCAACGGAAACGAACAACCUCAGUCAGUAAGAUGGACAGAAUGGACAGCACAGCUCCAGAGGAAGAGGAGGAGGAAGAAAGACCUCCUAUGGUUAAUGGUGUGGGAGAGCACAAGGACAAGGCAGACUGGAGGAAGACUGUGCCCAGCUACAACCAGUCAGCAGGAGCCAUGGACAUGCGUGUCUGGAACACUCUGGAUGAAAGUCAAGAGCCUUUGCCUAAGAACUGGGAAAUGGCCUACACAGAGACUGGCAUGGUCUAUUUCAUAGAUCACAACACAAAGACCACCACCUGGCUAGAUCCCCGUCUUGCCAGGAAAGCCAAGCCUCCAGAGAAGUGCGUUGAAGGAGAGCUUCCCUACGGCUGGGAGAAGAUUGAGGACCCCCAGUUUGGCACCUACUAUGUUGACCACAUCAACCAGAAGACCCAGUUUGAGAAUCCGGUGAUGGAAGCAAAGAAGAAGCUAAGUGAUGACACACCCAGUGCAGUUCAGCCACCAGCAGCUGCACCCUCAGAAGAGGAGCCUGCUAGAGGGUUGCGUGGCUUCACUCGAGAUCCAUCUCAGCUACAGGGUUCCAUCUUGCAAACAUCACUUAAAAAAAGCCAGCUGGGAUUUGGGUUCACUAUCAUCGGAGGAGACCGACCGGAUGAGUUCCUUCAAGUCAAAAACGUCCUUCCUGAUGGGCCUGCAGCACAUGACAACAAGAUUGCCCCAGGUGAUGUCAUUGUGGACAUUAAUGGGGCUUGUGUGCUGGGGAAGACUCACGCUGAUGUGGUUCAGAUGUUUCAGUCCAUCCCAAUCAACCAGUAUGUGGACCUGGUCUUGUGUCGGGGUUACCCUCUGCCAGAGGACUCUAACAGCAGCGAAGAUGCAUCAGCUUCACUCAGCGCCUCAAACGAAGCUUCCCCUUCCCCAUCCUCCUCCAAUCCCCAGGAGCCCCAUUUCACAGCCCCGGACGGAGGACACCUCUCCCGCCAGGCUGCUGCAGUACCGGCCCUAAGCAACGGUGGGCGCCACCAUCAUCACCCUCACCCACAGCAACACCAGCACCUUCCUCUCGCCCACAACCAGGAGGGACCAGACCCCACCCUGUUACAGCCGGAGCUAGUGAGCGUGCCCUUGGUGAAAGGGCCAGGGGGGUUCGGUUUUGCCAUUGCAGACUGCCCCUUGGGGCAGAAGGUCAAGAUGAUCCUGGAUGCCCAGUGGUGCCGUGGCUUGCUGAAGGGUGACGUCAUCAAGGAGAUUAACAGGCAGAACGUCCAAACGCUGAGCCACGCUCAGGUAGUGGACAUCCUCAAAGACCUUCCGGUGGGCAGUGAGGUCAACGUGCUGGUACUUAGAGGAGGUCAAACUUCUCCUGUGAAAUCACUAAAACCUCAGGAGAGAGCUAGCAUGCCCCACUCUACGUCCCAGCACAGCCUCCAGCAUCCUCCGCACGCCGUCUCCCACCAACUGACCCACCCGGCCUCGCAGCCCGUCGUGCAGCUGCAGCAGCGGCAGGAGAUGGCGAACAGCACAGAGACCCUCAGUCAACCGGAGGUGCUCUCCAACGCGCUCCCUGUCUCUACCAACACCCUGCGGUCGUCUUCUCCUAAACCGGACCCAUCUGAACUCUACCUCAAGUCCAAAGCUAUGCUGGACAGCAAGCCACCGAAUGCCAAGGAUCUGGAUGUGUUUAUCAAACGGAACCAAGAGUCAGGCUUUGGCUUCAGAGUCCUGGGUGGCGAGGGGCCAGAUCAACCGGUGUACAUCGGAGCCAUUGUACCACUGGGUGCAGCUGAGAAGGACGGCCGUUUGCGCGCCGGAGAUGAGUUGCUGUGUAUAGACGGCGUUCCCGUUAAGGGCAAGUCGCACAAACAAGUGCUGGAACUGAUGACCAACGCCGCCCGAAACGGCCAAGUCAUGCUGACCGUCCGCCGAAAGCUGACACACACAGAGACUGGUGAAGAGGAAGAGAGCGGCCAGCAGCCUCAGCAGGUGGCGUCGGCUCUGGUCAACAGCUCUCCCAAAGUGCCUCGCGUUGAGGCGCCAAACGCCGUCCAGCCUGCUCAGCUCCCCAGACCAGAGAGCUUUGAUGUUACCCUGCAGCGGAAAGACAAUGAAGGCUUUGGUUUUGUUAUCCUCACAUCAAAGAACAAACCCCCACCUGGAGUCAUACCGCACAAAAUCGGUCGUAUUAUCGAGGGGAGCCCCACAGACCGCAUAGGUCGCAUGAAGGUGGGAGACCGUAUAUCUGCUGUCAACGGCCAGUCCAUCAUGGAGCUGUCGCACAACGACAUCGUUCAGCUCAUAAAGGACGCCGGAAACACGGUCACGCUGACUGUCGUGCCUGAAGAAGAUGGUGCUCCUCCAUCUGGAACAAAUUCAGUAAAGCACAGUCCUUCAAUCCAACAUAGAGCCGUGGGCCAACAGCCUUCCAGUCAUCCAGACAGGGCCGCUGAGUCUGAGAUGAGGAACUCUCUUCAACCGAACGACAUGGGAGCAAUCGCCACAUCUGGACCUAAACAGGGCUGCUUCGUGGUGGAGCUGGAGCGCAGUCAGCGGGGCUUCGGCUUCAGUCUGAGAGGAGGAAAGGAGUACAACAUGGGCCUGUACAUCCUGCGCCUGGCCGAGGAGGGGCCUGCGCUUAAAGAUGGGCGGAUACAUGUUGGGGAUCAGAUCGUGGAGAUCAACGGCGAGGCCACUCAGGGCAUCACACACACUCGGGCCAUCGAGCUGAUCCAGGCAGGGGGCAACAAGGUUCACCUGUUACUCCGACCCGGCCAGGGCCUUGUCCCAGAUCACAGUACAAAAGACAAAGUAGCCAUUCCAACGACAAGCUUUCCCAGACUCUCUGCAUCCGAUGACCAGUCAUCUCCAGCUUCCCCGUCCUCUAUCUCAGGAUGGUCACCAUCUUCCUCCAAAGGAUUUGCCCCGGAUGAGCCAUCAGCUGGGGAUUACAGAGUCCCUGGUUUCCCCAGUGCUGGACAAGAGCACGGAAGGCAAGCUAACCGAUCAAGAGGACAGCAGGUCCCUGCUCACAAUCACAGACGUUCUACCAGCCCUAGAAAAACUGGGCAGAGCGACUACAAAUCUGGCAGUCCCAGGAAAGCAACAGAAGGUCAAGUGGAUAAUGUGGCACAUACCCAGAGCCCCCAAAAAACACUGGAGGAAAUGAGCAAGGAAAGAAAAACUCCUGGGCACAGAGACCAGCGCUCCUCUAGUCCAAAGAAGGGCCCCAAGAAGGAGCAUGAUCCUGUCCUGCAUUCAAGGAACCCAGAAGAUCCUCAGAACCCAAGACGCCCAGCUGGACAACAGCCGGCUGGGGAAGUGAAAAACUGGAGACAUAAGGGGGAGAAUGAAACUUACUGGCAGGAGAGGGCGGCUGCAGAGAGUGGAGACAAAAGCUGGGGGGCCGAGGAUCAUCAUAAGAAGGGAAAGCGAGCUGAGAAAGAGGCAGUGGCGCAGAAAUCCCACUGGGAGAGGGCAGGGUCAGAUGCCGAUCCGGCCACCACCGGCCAAAGGGGCGGAAGAGAGAAAGCCGAAAAGGAAUAUCCAGAGGCCAAGUAUCAGGGAUCGGCCGAGCAAGCAAACAGAAGGGAACCCAGAAUUUCCAGCAGUAGCAUCCAGGAUCCCAACUGCAACGGGACCAGCACCAGCAAGAAGGCUCCCAUCACCCCCGGCCCUUGGAAAGUUCCCAGCUCGGCCAAGAUCCAGUCCCACGUGGACUCCACAUAUGCAGACAUCUGAAAUGUCUUCAGGGCUGGAUGAAGACAAAGCUCAGCCUACGAGAACCGAACACGGGUCGGAAAGAUCGGCUCAAAAUAUAACCAGCAACAUACCUUCUCAUUUAUACGUCCCAUCUUCUUUUUUUUUCUCACCCAGUUUGCCUCAGAUAGUUUGCACCAACCUGCUGAUCUCUGACAUAAAACAAGUAUUUGAACUUGAUUCUGCUGCACGGUCACGUCAGAUGAGUUGUGAGCAGGGUCUUUGGAUGGAAAUCUAUUCUGUGCCAAUCAGAGACUCCGGUUAAAUGGAAGCUGCUCCUGAUAGCACUCACUGUGAAUCAGUUUGGAGGAGUCCAAAUGAAGUGCUCACCCUGUCUACCCGAGCCGCAUGAAGGAAUCUGUCUUUUUUUUGUGUGUGUGUGUUUACUUUUGAAGGAUUACAAGCAUACUCAAGCACUCACAGCUUUUAAACCGAGCAGGAUUUAUUCACUGUUAUAGUCCCAAAUAGAACCUUAGUUUUCUUCAAAUGAUCUAAUUAGAUAAACAUUUUUUUUCUUUUCAUUUUGAGAAGCCGAUGAAAGCUGUGAUUUGUAUGACUGCAUCCGAACAUGUGAAGUUAUAAAUCCCAUGUUGGUGGGAGGACCACUAUGAAGCUUUAUAUGCAUCAAUGAGCAGACCAGAUACUUGUGGUUAUAGAUCUAAUGUUUUUCUUUUGUACUUGUGUUGUGAAAAUAAUGUGAGAAUUAAAACAAACAGGAUAGUCUACACACGCGUCCAUGUCGAGGGCACUUAGGUGGAGGCCGAACAUGUAGAUACACAUCAUUGCUUAAACAAAUCCCCAUUUUAAAAGCCUCAGUCUUUAAAUGAUAUCUCGCGGUCUAUAAGCAGCGUUAUCCAUCAUGUUGUUGACUGUUAGCAGCACUGUGCCGAUGUGUGUUUUAUUUAUUCCUUUAGAAUCUAAUGUAUUUAAUCUGAAAAAUGUGAUAUUUAGCAAAGUGAUUACUCAAAUAUUGAACAUAUUUAGGAUAAAUAAAUUAGCAGAGUCUUGCGACUUGUAAAAGUACAAACUUUCCUUUUUUAAUUUGCAUAAAACAUUUUGAUAUCUGUAUUUGUAUUAUAAAUAGAGGUACACAAAAAAACAUCAACCCUAGUUCAAAUGUUUGAUAUACAAUGCCAGAUGCAUGCAUUGGCACUCCUGGUAAAGAUGUCCAAAAAGCCAAUAAAACUUUGAAUAUUGUAUUGCAGAGGCAUCAUCUCAAACCAAUAUUAAAGAAAAUACAUCCCUUGUUGAGAUAAUCAUCUUUAUGAUGAUAUAAAUAAUAAUUAUGUUGUUUUGGCCAAUUUCUUUGGAAGAGAAGUUGGCCCACAGUAUACAUAUCCUCCACCAUGCUAAACUGUGAGUUGUUUUUUUUCUUUACAUAUUUUUAUGCUUUGUUUUACAGAAAACACACCUAAAGUGUUAGCUGCCAAUAAGUUUAACUUUACAAGACUUUACUCUUUGCUGCAGUACUUCAAGGAUAAUCUUUGCAUAUCAACUUUCUUACCAUUCUCCUCACUGUGAGUAGGAAAUUUGCCUUUGUCCAAGAAAGGUGACUCUGUCUUCAUACCACUAGGAAACUAAAAUUGUUUUAGUAAAUUAGUAAAAUUCAGACCAACUUAAAAAAAAACAAGCUCUGCUUACAUUCAUCCUGAAACUAAUUGUAAGUGUACUCAUAACUAUUAUUUUGUUAGGUAAAAUGUUUUUCUUCGCAAAAUAGAUGAACUAAAAACUUACGUUUCUUAAAAUCGUUCCAUUGCAAUAAAAACAAACUUAUUUUAAGGCUUUUUACACAUCUUUUACCAAUGCUGCCGAUCAUUGUGACUGGCGCUGUAUUUUACUGUAUAUUAUACUCAAAGUGUAAAACUUAACAUUUAUUUCCAACAUGCUUGUGAAGGUUGUUUUCUACACAAAAACCAGACCCUUCAGAGAAUCGAACUAAUCUUCAGUUUUGACAUGAAAGCUGCUUGUUGUGAUUGCAGACACAUCUACAUAAUGUGAAGACGUCUGCUCUGAUUCUUUGGUGGAAUAAUGGGAGGUUCUGAUCAAAAUGGGAUUUAGUUUGGUGUUAAACAAUUUAAAAGUUUCGAAAGCAUCUACUACAACAACUGUGCUCCACCAACAAGAAAAAAAUGUAGCUUUUCGGUAUUCCUACUGUGGACUAGAGUGACAUCUAGUGCUCCAACCUCUGCUCUGCACAAGCAAGUCAUAGCUUUAACCCCAGCCUUCAUCCUCUUGCCUGCAUAUGAAGACGUAACAUAUGUUUGUCUGUGAGGCCGCUGAAUAAUUUAUUGUCUGUUUUCAUGUUGAUAUGAUGGGCUAUUGUCAUUUUUACUAUUCAUAUCUUUACCAUGUCUGAUGCUGUGGCCUUGCAUUGCUCCAACAUAUAUAAAAGUCAUAGUUUUGACAUCAUUGUAGUUGUAAAUGUUUAUAAAUUGUACAGCACCUGUAUAAAAAAAAUGCCUUCAUGAAGAAAAAAAAAAUCUAUGUAAAUUGUUCCAUUAUUUUUUUAAGGGAGAUGACAGGAAAUGUUAUGCAAUGGGUGACAAAAAAAGAAAUAAAUUGAUAAUGGCAUACUGUUCAUGCACUGAUAAAUAAAGGUUUACUGAUUAAAUAUAA